AUGAAGCCCUACAAUCUUCUACACUUUCUUCCUAUGGCACUUGCUGCGCCCCCUGUUGUCGAUCCAUUCCUUCAAGUGUGCAGAGUAUCGGUAACAUUCUCCGCGAUCACCAACACUCUCCUGCUGCCGCCGCAGACAAUCUCCCUCUGUGAUAACACGAACUGCGCCAAUCCUACCAUCGUGGCCGGUGGAGGGGUUUCUUCUGGGUCGCCGGAACACCAGGACCUAAGUACUCAACUUCCCCAAGAAACCGGAAGUCAAUUCCCUGGAGGCAACCCUCCCGCUGGGCAGCCUGCUGCCACCCAAUCUGCCGGGGAUAGUGCUACCGCCGGGCAGCUUGCUGCCACUCAGCCCCCCGGAAGCAAUCUUCCCACGGCAAAGCCUGCGGUCAGUCAAGCCCCUGGAGGCAAUUCUCCCGCUGGUAGUUCUGCCGGUGGCUCAAAUGGCAAUCCGCCUGCUGCCACGGCUUCGGCCCUAGCGGGCUCUGGCAUGCCCACUGCCGUGACGACAUCGUCGGCGUCUCGAUCGUUUGGUGCUCAAUGGGACGAGCUCUUGGUUAUGGGGGUCAUCACCUUAGUGGUUGUGGCUUCUCUCGGGCUUGGGCUCUAG